AUGCCGUUUCUCGAUUUGCAGAGCAAUUUACCAGCGAGUUCUUUCCACGAAGAGUUCCUGAAAAAGCUGUGUUCAUUUGCUGCGGGUGUUUUGGGAAAGCCUGAUGAUAGAAUGAACUUGAUGGUGAAGCCAGGGUUACCAAUGUGGAUAGCAGGCUCAGGCUCUCCCUGCGUGGUGCUAUCGAUUUCUGCUAUUGGGGUAACAGACACUGCUGACAAGAAUAAGGAGCACAGUGCUAAGCUCUUUGGGUUUCUGACUAAAGAGCUUCCUCUAACUGAAGACAGGAUUGUUCUUCAGUUCCACAAUUUGGAGCCUCACCAGGUUGGGAAGAAGGGAACAGUGAUGAGCUUCCUGUAA